AUGUCGCUCAUUGCGCUGGUCUCUAUAGCGGUUCCGAUCCCAAUUUACCUUAGCCCGGAGACACGCUUCCUCACUGUGCACAACACGGCAUGGAUUUCCUGGACCUUUAUCGUCAUGGCCAUGCCCGUCAUGACCGCCUUCUGCAUCCUCCUUACCUCGGAGCGGCACCUCAAGCUGCGUCAGUCGCUCUCCGAGACGCAGCGCAUCUUCACGUCGUCCUGGUGGACAGGCGAGGCCGAAGGGAGCAUUCCCAGGCGCGCUAACCGCCGCCGGCCGAACCUCAGCGUCGACUCCUUCGACCCGGACAACACCCUCCAGGUCGCUGCCGAACAGUCUCGGCAUAUGGGCGGCGUUAGGAUGCGCCGCAGAUGGUUGCCUGCCAGCUUUGUACGGUUCAUCUGGUUUUGUCUGGCCCUUUUUGUUGGUCUGAUGGCGUACGUAAUAGGAGAGGCCUACGCUGAGAUAUACUUGCGGACGCUCCCUCACAACAACUUGGAGACCAUUGUAUAUGUUUAUAGCUGGAUCAUCACUGUCCACCUACUCGAUGCCCUAACUGCUUGGCUGCUAGGUAUUCGUGAGGGCGAAAGAGUCGGCAGCUACCCCCUGAGUUGGGUCUUCAAGCUGUAUUUCAUGCUCACCUACCAAACCUACGUCCGCGCCCUUUACGCCCGCCUCCGCUCCCCGGAACAAUUCAUCUACCUUCAGAUCCUCUCCAGCAGCACCCUCAUUAUCCUCACUCCGCUCACAAUGUCCCGCCUCUACCACCGCAUUUUACUCGCCCUUAACAUCACGGACCAGUCCUACGCCUCUUACCAGAAGGUUUGCACCCGAAACGUCUUCAUCCGCUUCCUGGCCGAGAACGUCUCAAUGGUCGCCUUUCUCGGCAGCAUUCUCGUCCUGCACUUUGGCCCGAACAAGGACGUCUACCCCUACUUCGCCUUCGACAUGAAAGAAAAGGGCGACGACUACGACUUCAACCUUACCUUCCGGGCCUCCUCCGUCACCUGGGCCUGUGAGCUCGUCGCGUCCGUCUGCGUUCGCGCGCUCAUCCGUUGGAUCUUUGGCGUCGAUGUUGGCAUGGAGGGCAAGCUCGACCUUGCCGUUUGGCCCGAGCUGCUGCCGACCAGCGUGGCUGUCAUGUUCCACGUUCUGCAAAACAUGUUCUUCUCCAUCAUCCGACUGCAAUUCCACUAA